ACCUACAGGGAAGUUCUGUUAUUCUUUCUUUUCUCAGUGCGUUCAGUCAGAUCCUGGGUGUUGCUUCUUUUAAAGAUUUACAAAUGUACUUACGGAGUCAUUUGGACAGUUUUUCAAAAUAAUUUCACUUUGUAACCAUCUAGGAUUUUUUUUUUCCAAGCUUGCUGGUUUUUCCGUCUUCACAAGUUUUAUACGAACUUUUUUUUAUUGUGUCUUAUUUGCGACACUUCUUGUGGGUCGAUCGUCUCAGGCUUUUCUCGGCUUUUAUCUGUAAGCUGCUAACAAAUGGAUGGUGAAACAUCUUGUCAGCUUUUCAGCUGCCAUGUAACUUGCGUGAUGUGAAGUUACAGUCAGAGGAGAGGAGAGGCUGCUAUUUCAGGAACUGGGUUACUUAUUUAUUGUUUUUGGGGUUUUUUUCUUACACUGAAGAGCAGCGAACUUGAAACCAUGAGUUUUGAUAGCAUGCCUCCUAAAGCAGAGGUCAUGGGUUGGGAUGCAGCUCACUUAGCUGACUUUUUGAGAAGGCAAAAUCUGUCUGGAUGUGACAAAGUCGUUUUGAAAAGUGAAAUGACUGGGCAGAGAUUUCUGAAUAUGUCUGAUAAUGACCUUCAACGGUUCCCCAAACUUCAUGCUCCACUCGUCUCCAAGAUCUCCCGGGAAAUCAACAAAAAAGAGGAGAAGAGAGGAUUUUUCCAAUUAAGAACCUCGGCACCCAAGUACCAAGAAACAGAGUUGCCUGUGGAGGACCAAGGAUGGGGUUCUGAAGAGUUUGAAAGCGAUGAUGAUUACGAGAGUCCAAAUUCAAACGAUGAUGGAGAAGGCAGUGGUGGAGAUUAUGAAUCAGCAGCAGAUGGUGGAGUGGACAGUGAUAAUGAUUACGAGCCACCCCCAAGUGAGCCAUCUGAUAACCAACAGCAUCACCAAAUCUGUGCUGCCAAGCACAGCAACAGCGAGUACAUUGACCGGUCUUCAGUCAAAAGCCAGCCACCAGUGCCUCCAGCACGGCCCGGGCCUGGUCCUGGUCCUCCACUUCCCGCUAUGGGACGCCCAAAUGUUCCUGGAACAUACCCAAGGACAGAACAGGCUCCUCAAAUGAAUCAGAGACCUCCUCCUCCUGAUCGCAGUAAAAAGCCAGGGAGUCUGGAAAGGGGGAUGAAUAAUAAAGGUAUACAUAUCAGCAACUCAAACGAGAGGAGUGCCAAGCCACCGAUGAGACCUGGAAUGGAAAAGCUUUUGGAGCCUCCACGAAUGUCCAAACCUCCACUACCUGCAGGGGGAGGUGUGCGGAGAAGUGCCUCCUCUGUUACUCCUGGUCAAGCUUAUAACAGACAUUCACCUGAUCCCAGAAGUGAGUUCAGUGACGAUGGUGUCAGGUCCAGCUUCACCUUUCCUCACUCCAAGCACUCCAGGAAUCCAUCACCAAGACCACAACCACACGGACCUGGAGGUCCACCUGACAGUAUUAAUCAGACUGGCCCUCUAGCUUCAAGACUACAGGAUGCAAUGAGAGGGGGUAGAAUUCCACCACAACCAAUGAGGCCAUCUGAUCUCAAUACAAGAGGAGAGCAGGAUAUGGAUCCUGCAUGGUAUGUGGGACAGGUGACACGUGGUCAGGCAGAAGGCAAUCUGAGACGGGUAAACAGGGAUGGAGCAUUCUUAGUACGGGACAGCUCAAAGGGCUCCGUCACUCAGCCUUACACACUCAUGGUACUUUACCAGAACAAAGUCUUCAACAUCCAGAUUCGCAAAGCGCAGGAUGGCUUCCUGCUUGGGACUGGUCUUAAAGCUUCCGAGGUCUUUCCAAGUGUCAGUGGCAUUAUCAGUCAACACAUGCAGAUGCCACUGCUGCUGAUUGAUGCGAAAAACCGUGGAACAGGUCAACAAAACCAGUGUGCUCUGAUUCACCCUGCUGGAUUUUGACUCUCUAAAGGACAACGUAAUAGAGUGGGCAGUUAUAUCACACCUGACAUGAAAAACAGCACUAUGAACUUCCCAGAAGGAUCUUAAAGAGACGGCAGAAUUUGUUUUACUUGUAUGUUUUCUGGAUGCAGUCACAUCAAUGUGCUGGAUAUGCAUCUUGCUAUUGAUAAGUAUACUGUGUGUAUAUAUAUAUAUAUAUACUAGUGCAUCUCCAAAAAUUGGAAUAUUGUGAAAAAGUUCAAUAUUUUCCAUCAGUUAUUUAAGAAAGUGAAAAUGUUAUAUAUUAUAGUCUCAUUACACAUAAACUAAAAUGUUUCAAGCAUUUUUCUAUUUUAAUUUUAAUCAGUAUGGCAUACAGUACAAAAACAUAAAAAAAAACAUCUCAAAAUAUUAGAAUAUUUCAUUUCGAGUUUGAGUAAAACAGUAUGAACACAGUGCAUCUCUCGGUCUAGUUCAGUACACACAACCACAAUCAUGGGGAAGACUGCUGACUUGACUGUUGUCCAGAAGAUGAUCACUGAUGCCCUCCACAAGGAGGGUAAGCCACAAAAGGUCAUUGCUGAAAAGGGUGGCUGGAAAAGGUACACAAGCAACAGGGAUGGCCGCAGUCUUGAGAGGAUUGUCAAGAAAAGUUGAUUCAAGAACUUGGGAGAGUUUCACAAGGAGUGGACUGAGGCUGGUGUCAGUGUAUCAAGACCCAUCACGAACAGACGUCUUCAAGAAAGGGCAUACAACUUUCGCAUUCCUAAUAUCAAGCUACUCCUGAGCCAGAGGCAAUGUCAGAAGUGUCUUAUCUGGGCUAAGGAGAGAAAGAAAUGGACUGUUGCUCAGUGGUCCAAAGUCCUCUUUUCAGAUGAAAGUACAUUUUGCAUUUAAUUUGGAAAUCACGGUUCUAGAGUCUGGAGGAAGAGUGGAGAGGCACAGAAUCCAAGGUGUUUGAAGCCCAGUGUGAAGUUUCCACAGUCUGUGAUGAUUUGGGGUGCCAUGUCAUCUGCUGGUAUUGGUCCACUGUAUUUUAUCAAGUCCAAAGUCAACACAGCCAUCUACCAGGAGAUUUUAGAGCACUUCAUGCUUCCAUCUGCUGAUGAGCCUUUUGGAGAUGCUGAUUUCCUUUUCCAGCAGGACUUAGCACCUACCCACAGUGCCAAAACUACUACCAAAUGGUUUGCUGACCAUGAUAUUACUGUGUUUGAUUGGCCAGCCAACUUGCCUGACCUGAACCCCAUAGAGAAUCUAUGGGGUAUUGUCAAGAGGAAGAUGAGAAACACCCGACCCAAAAAUACAGAUACGCUGAAGGCCACUAUCAAAGCAACCUGGGCUUCAAUAACACCUCAGCAGUGCCACAGACUGAUCACCUCCAUGCCACACCGCAUUGAUACAGUAAUUCAUGGUAAAGGAGCCCCAACCAAGUAUUGAGUGUAUAAACGAAUAUACUUUUCAGAAGUUGGACAUUUCUGUAUUGUAAAUCCUUUUUUUGAUUGAUCUUAGGGAAUAUUCUAAUAAUUUGAGAUACUGGAUUUCUGAUUUUCAUGAGCUAUAAGCCAUAAUCAUCAAAAUUAAAACAAAAAAGGCUUUAAAUAUUUCACUUUACAUGUAAUGAAUAUAGAAGAUAUGAAAGUUUACCUUUUUGAAUUAAAUUAUGAAAAAAAGGAACUUUUUCAUGGUAUUCAAAUUUUUUGAGAUGCACUAGUAUAUAUAAAAAAUAUAGUGUCAUGGGGACGUGUGUGUGUGUGCUACUCUUUACAGCCUGACAAAAGAUAUAUAUAUAUAUAUAUAUAUAAUACACACACAUAUAUAUAUAUAUAUAUAUAUAUAUAUAUAUAUAUAUAUAUAUAUAUAUAUAUAUAUGAGAGAGAGAGUGAACUGGAGGCUGGAUGACCACCAGUACAAAAAAACAUGGAUUGAACUAAAUCGAUCAAGAUUUUAAAACUUUUUCCUGAUUAAUAUUCUGAAAUAUUUAUGUAUUUGCAUAUAUGUUCAUUUUUCUGUCAUGCAAAGAGAAGUGCUUGGAUGUUUUAGAUUUUUAAAAAUUUUUUUUUGCUUGAAUAAAAUUCUCUGCAGCUCAAAUCUA